AUGAAGGAGCCCCGCCCGGCUCAGCUCGACUGCGCGGUCCUGGGUCUGGGGUCCUGUGGUCUGGACACCCUGGCCCUCGUGGACUCCUUCCCCGCCCCUGACGAAAAGAUCCGCGCCAGACGGCUUUUGAUCCAGGGCGGCGGUAACUGCGCCAACGCCCUCACUGCCGCUGCACGUCUGGGUGCACCCGUGGCCAUCAUCAGCAAGGCAGGGAGUGACGCUGCUGGAAGCAGCAUUGAGGCUGAGUUGCAGGGGGAGGGCAUCGACACCCAGUGCCUUCUGUUCUCCAAGACCGGCCCCUCGCCCACAACCUACAUCAUAGUGGAUGCAGCAGGCAUUCCUGUCCUGGUGGAGGCGGAAAAGCCACGGCCGGGGCUUGAUGUCCUGCUGCAAGGCGCUCAGUAUGUGUACACCAACGCCACCUUCCCCAAGACGUGGACCCAGGAACUCUCGCUGGGCUCCGCCCUGCUGUGCAUGUUGGGGAGACUGACCUCAGCCCGCUGGCUGGUCACCACACUGGGUCCGAGCGGGUUGGUGGCAUUCCAACGGCAGGAAGGCAGUGGUGAGCCGAUCGGCAGCGGGGCAGACCUCGACCGACUCAUGCAAAAGCUCUGGGGCGAGGCCGAUGCACGCAGGAAGGGCAUCGAAGGCUCCGAGGAGGCCGCUUGCACAGCGCUGAAUGGAUCACUGGUCAGGGUGGGCGCCUGUGCCUCAGGGCAUCUACAACUCCAGGAUGGGACGGGGUUUGGCGUCCUGGUGCAUCAAGCCGCAAGCCUGGAGACGGUCGUUGACACCACGGGCGCUGGGGACGCCUUCCUGGGCUCGCUCCUGGUCAGUGUGUCUGUUGGUGCCAGCCUGGAAGCUGCCGCGAAGCUGGGCACGGUUGUCGCUGCGGCCAAGUGCACUGAGCUGGGGGCGCGGACGGGCAUGCCCCACCUAGCCCAGCUGCACCCCUCCCUGCAAGGUGUGCUGGAGAGCAGGAGAGCAGCAUGA